GCCUUGCAACCUCGUAGAGUCGUAGACUUUUGCCUAGGGUAGGACGGGCAGCGUCGCCCAGUUACUGUAUCCUACCGGUUCACGAUACGGCCGUCUGCCGCUGCCGUACCAUAAUUCUUUCUCUUCGUCGAGUCGCCUUCUUUUGUCUUGAUUCUUUAUUUUUAUCCCCAUUCCAUUUGCGAGGGAAGAUCCUCCAUUCCCGUUUUAACUCUCCGCAGGGGGGCGGUUCAGAGGGAAACGGGGGAAAGACCUUGUCCGCUGCUGUCAGGCACCAAAUCUGCUCUUCUUCCACCUUUGGAAGUUUGUGAGGGCUCCCACACGCGGUUUUGCCCAACCAGAGAGCCGAGUCUCCUCCCUGCCCCGUCAGACAGCGCAGACGGCGAGGGGAGAGAUUCUAUGUGUUGCCAGGAUUGGAUGAUUUGUUGCCGCUUUGUUCCUGCCUGCCCUCCUGCUUCACCCAUCCAUCCAACUCUCCCUUUUCCCUCCUUCCUCCUCCCCCCUUCCUUUCUUUCCUUCUUCUCCCCUUCCACCUCACCUCGUUUACCGGUACCCCCGCUCAACAUCAUCGUCUAACCGUCAAUUCCCCUCCCCUCUUCCCCCCCUCCUCCCUCCCUCUCUCUCUCUCUCUGUUUCGUGUUUUUUUCUAUUUUUUUCUGUUGUCACUCUCACACUCUCUCGGACUAGCAAGUUCUCCUCGUACUGCAUUGCAUCCUCUUCUGUGAAGUGCUUCCUCUCGCUCUAUCCUUCUCCUUCUCGUACUCUCGCUCAACCUCUUCACUGUUUUACACCACUACUGCAUCUUUUAUUGCCCUCUCUUCUGCUGCCCUUUGCUCUCGGACCGCAAUAUCUCCCGGUGCUCAUUUGCGUCGUUUCAGGGUUGUUCGUGUGUUUGCUUGGUAACCGUUCACACGCUAGCUACCCAAACCACCACCCCCUACAUUCCAAGGGUCCAUUGUAACCCGCCAUCGAGUACCGUAUUCAACGCGGUCUCCCUUGGACCAGUGGAAUCGAGGUCCUGCAGCUGCAACACACGAAGGAGGAGCCCUCGAGACUCGGGAAUCGCACUGCUUGGUCUCCUGUUUUAUUUUAUUUUCCUCCUUCUUUCCUUUACCUCCUUUUUUUUUUUUUCCUUUUCUUUCCCGUUUAUUCACAACUUAGACACGAUCCCGAUGUUAUUACGAAAUCUUUUCCCAGGCGGAUCCGCCCCUUCGACAUCAAACGCAUCUAAAUCGCCGUCGUCAUUAAUAUCUGCAUUUCUCCUGUUCUCUACACUCGGAGCUCUGCCGGUUCAGGCUACCGAUGUGCUCGAAACUAAUGGGUUCUCAACAUGUCUCGCGACUGGCGAUAUCAAGGUGGAUAAGAUGAACGUCAAGUACGACAAGGCAAAUGGCUUCGUGACCUUCGAUUUGGCUGGCUCCUCCACAAGGGAGCAAAAGGUGAAGGCUGUCUUGACCGUGACGGCCUAUGGGAGGAAGGUUUAUGAGAAGACAAUUGAUCCCUGCGUUCAGGGGAUCACUCAGCUAUGUCCUUGUAUGUUGUUGCUCUGGAUCAUUUCACGUCGUUUUGUUUUUUUUUUUUUUUUUUUUUUUUUUGCUUCGACUGGAUGAGGUUGCUGAUGGUUGUUUUAGUGCCCAAAGGAACGUUUGCUGCCAAGGAUAAACUGGAUAUCCCCCCCGAGUUCGCUUCGAUGAUUCCGGCGAUCGCUUUCCAGAUUCCCGAUCUGGAUGGUAUGGCAAAGUUGGAAUUGAGAUCCAGCGAGGACGACAAACAACUCGCGUGUCUUCAGUCUGUGGUGCAAAAUGGGAAAACUGCGAAUCAGCCUAGUGUUCAGUAUGUUACGGCUGGUAUUGCCGCUGCUGCGUUGGUUCUUUCGGGGGUAUCGGCUCUUGGCGCUGCCGGCGCCGGUUCAGGGGCGGGUCCGUCACCAAACUUUGGAGACGUCAUGCUCUGGUUUCAAAAUGUUGCAAUGAAUGGGAUGCUCUCUGUCGACUAUCCUCCCGUUUAUCGGUCGUUUGUCAGCAACUUUGGUUGGAGUACCGGUAUUAUUCCGUGGGAGGGCAUGCAGAGGUCUAUCGACGGUUUCAGGAAGGCUACCGGAGGUCAUUUGGAGAAGAACUCGAUCGAUUUUCUGAUGAACGCUACCUUGGUAUACAGUGGCGAGAGUAGUACCGAAUCUGGCAAUACGACCGCCGGCAGUAAAUCUCGCCGUGCGUUGGAUUGGACUGUGGCUCAGGUCUUUGAGCGUGCGGUUGAAGUGAAUGGGACAACGAUUGCUGGCAACGGCACCAAUUCUACCUCGACUGAUGAUGCUCAGGCCAAGGUUAUGCACUAUGUGGAGGGUGUCCAGGCGUAUGUUGAAAAGUUGCAAAUUCCCUCGGCCAAUACUUUCAUGACUGUCCUGUUGAUCUUCGCCAUCGUCAUUGCUGCUAUCGCUGUCUGCAUCCUGUUAUUCAAGGUUAUCCUAGAAGCUUGGUCGUUGUUUGCCAGUUUUCCGAAGGCAUUGACCGGGUUCCGCAAGAGAUACUGGGGUUUCCUGGCAACAACCAUUGUUAGACUGGUAGGUUACUAGGCGGGAUGCUUUCCGUUGAGAUUUAUUGGCUAACUGAUGCGCAGGUAUUGGUACUUUAUGGAACCUGGACUCUGUACUGUUUCUACCAGUUUAAGAAUGGUGACUCAUGGGGCGCUCAUGUUCUCGCUGGGGUUACUCUCACUGUUUUCACGGCUGUCUUGGGCUUCUUCGCCGUCCGUAUUUUUAUUCUUGCUCGUCGCCAGAAGGCGAUCGAUGAUGAGAAUGAGGCUGCCGCAUUGAAAGGUGAUGGGGAGCACAAGCCCCAUGACAAGCUGUUUGCACACAAGCCGUACAUGCGUCGCUAUGGAUUGUUCUACGAUCAGUUCAAGACUGACUUUUGGUGGAUUUUCUUGCCCUUGAUCGUUUAUGCUUUUGCUAAGGGUGCUUUCAUCGCUCUUGGUGACGGUCAUGGGCUUGUCCAGACUGUUGGUCAGUUGGGUUGCGAGGUUAUUCUUUUGGUUUUGUUGCUUUGGAAUAGGCCAUAUAACUCCAAGGCUGGAAAUGUUCUCAACACGAUAAUCUCGGUUGUUCGUGUCUUGUCUGUUGUUUGCCUUAUCGUCUUUGUUGAGGAAUUGGGCAUUGCAGCGGACACCAAGACUGUUACUGGUAUGGGGUUCUUCUUUUCCUUUCUCUGAUAUUCGUGUUGCUGAUCUCGGUCCUAGGUGUCGCCCUUAUCGUUAUUCAGUCGGUUCUUACUGCUGUCCUCGCCAUCUGUAUUGCCAUCAACGCUAUUAUCGUCAUGUGCAAGCAGAACCCACACACCAAGAGACGCAAGGAGCUUGAGAAGCAGCGUGAAGCUGACAUUUUGACACCGUUGGGUCCUCGUCACUCAAUGAUUGGUGCGCCGGUUGGACAUGGCCCUGACGGCAAGGGGCGCUACUCUGCUGCUCCGGCGCGGGACGAUUUUCUGUUGAAUGAUGCUAGUGGGCGAACAGACUACCCCCUGCAUCACAUGACCCCUGCACCCCCACCGCAGAAUCGAUUCUCUCACAACAGGAGCGUGAGCUCUUCUACUGAUAGACAAGGGCUGAUGGGUUCGGCGGCGCCAAUGCCACUCGCACACGGGAGAAAUGAUAGUCAGGGAGGGUAUGAUGAGUAUCGGGGCUCGCCAUAUCAUCCCUCAUCGGGUCGCGGGUAUUGAUUGAUAGGGAGUAGCAUUGGGGAAUAGGAAGAGGGAAUGGCUGUUGGAGACAUGGAACGGGGGAAUCAUGAGAAAGGGAUUUUCUUCUUAGCGUCUGAUCAUUUCCCAAGUUGAUUUCCUUUUUUUUUUUCAAACUAGUCUUUUUUUUUCUUUUUUCCUUUUUAUCAUUUUAUCAUUUUUACAUAAGUGGUUUUGUUUAAUUUCAAAUCAAUAACUUUGUCCCUCCCGAUUGUUCUCGCUCACCCAUAUUUUGUGGCUUAUUGGGGUAUGGACGGGCGCACGGAUGGAUGGAUAUAUGGAUAUGUUGGGAGUGACGAGCUAUCGGUUUUUCUUACUUUUGUCUAUUCUCAGGGGUUUUCUCGUCUCGGGUGAACAUGUGGUGCACCCUAUCUAGGGGUAUAUACUCACAUGGACUCCCGGAGGACCUGUAUUUUGUUACUUCUCCUGCAUAAAGUUUUGACCUUUUCCCAUCCCCUUUUUCGUCUUCAUUCUUUCGUUUCGGUUGGUUGGUUGGGCUGGUGGUUUUCUUCGUUUUCUGGCACCCCUUUCCUCGUUCUUUGCGUUCACAUCCUGGAUCGUAGGCUGUAGUUGUGUUCGCCUUUUUAUAUAUAAAUACUAUAUUGUUCGGUGGUGGCUAUUAGCGGGGGUGUGCUUGCUCGGAGAUAUCUCGAGUUGAAUAUUUUGUGGGGAUUCUUUUUGGGGCGGUAUUUGUGGCGGUGAAUCGGUAUAUCGAGAGGAGAUGAGGAGGCUAGGGUCGAUAUUGGCCCUCUUUUUUGAUCUUUGAAUUGAUACUGUAAAUUGUGUUCGCUUACGUUGUUGGUUUGUGACUGGCCUGGAUUUUCUUCUUUUUCACGGAUCAAACUUGCCGGAGGUGUAUUUUCAGGAUUACGGUAGAUGACAGUGAUGCCGAAAUUGCCAAGCGCCGGGGCGGAAUUCCAUUCUGGCGGCUUUUAGCUUUCGUAUUUGUCUUUGUCUUGAGGUUUCGUAAGGAAGUCC